GGAUAGACUACACAAUGAUAUCCAAUUGUUUAUUGUUUAUCUAUACAUGUCCACUUUUAUGAUUAAAUAAAUUAGAUUACUUUACAAACAUCAGUAACUCAAAUAUAAUGAAGAUGAAUAGGUAGGACGAGAGGUGUGAGAAAUUAAGAAUAGAUAUUGGUACGGCGGCGUUGCUGUGUUUUGCUCUCCUGCCACCUCCCCUACGGCGGCGCCGCUCAUAUCCGGCAGCCAACAGGAAACAAUGAAGAAACUGAUGCAGGCUUUCCAAAUUAAAUCUAUUUUCUUACCUUCACCAUCACAAAAUUAUCUCUCCAGCCCUAGCAAGUCACUUAUCUCAUGGAUUACGGCUUACUCUACAUUGUCUCAGAAGAAGGCCAUUUCUCCCAAACUAAAUGUGGAAAACUCUAUUUUAGCCGAUUACCUGGUCGGCUCCUUAAAACUCUCCAAAAAUAGAGCCCUUUCAAUCUCAAGCAAAUUACACUGCCAAACUCUUGAAAAGCCUGAACAAACGGUCCGUUUCUUUAGAGGUCUUGGUUUUUCUGAUGCACAUAUCCGAGCCAUAGUCAAUAGUGUACCCCGGCUUCUCCUUUCAGAUACUGAAAAAACUUUGAAACCCAAAGUUGAAUUCUUUCAAGAACUCGGUCUCUCCGGACCUCUUCUAGGUACUUUCAUUUCUAGAACCCCCUGCAUCUUAUAUUGCAGUGUUGACAGAUGUCUGAAUCCUAGAGUUGAUCUCAUUAGGAAAAUCAUUGCAACUGAUGGAAGGACUAGAAGUAAAGAGAGUGUUAACGACAAUCUGUUUCGGAUAAUUACAAGGUGCGGAAGGAUUAUCCUUGCGAGACACACGCUGGAAGAUAAUGUUGCGUAUCUGAAGAGCUGUGGAGUUGUUGGCUCACAGUUGUCAUCCUUGCUGGUUAGACUGCCCAGGAUCUUUACUCUGAGAUACGAUAAACUUGAAGAGGUUGUUUCAAGAGCGCUGGCCAUGAAUUUCACUAUGGGUUCAAGAAUGCUGGUUCAUGGUAUUCAUGUUCUUAGUUGUAUGAACAGCGAUACAUUUAAUGCUAAGUAUGAAGUGUACAAGGCGUUCGGGUUCUCCAAGGAAGAGAUUGAUUUGAUGUUUAGGAAGUCCCCGUAUAUUUUUGGGCUAUCUGUUGCAACUCUGAGACGUAAACUUGAAUUGCUGCUGAGCAAUCUUAAGCUGAGCAGAUCGGUGGUUGUUCAGAUUCCUAUAAUGUUGUCGAUGAGCAUUGAAGCACGAGUAAUGCCACGAUACAAAGUUCUGGAGAUUCUAAAGUUGAAGGGUGUGUUGAAGAAGGAUCCAAGCUUGAGCAGGGCAAUGUGCAUGCAGGAGAGUAAUUUCUUGGAUACUUAUGUUCUGCCAUUUAAAACAGAUGUUGAAGAACUAUUAUUAGCUUACAAUGACCAACUUCUGAAUACUUCAACAAAAAUUUGAUGUUUGAAAUAGAACUCUGGGCAAUCUUUGGUGGUUUUAUGAGAAAGGUUCAUGAAUUUGAUGGCCAAUUCAGUCACCUGAAGCUGGUUAUUUGGUUAUGAGAAAUUGUGGCUCAUCGGAUCUCAUUGCAUGCUACGGAGUUCUGGAGACGAGGUAAUGUAAUAUCCUGACUAUGAAGUUCAACUUACAAUUCAUCUGUUGAUAGAGAGAGGAUCUAUUUGUGCCCCAGAAAAGAAUCGUGUCUUCACUGUGCUACAUUUCUUUGUAUCAUCAAACUGCUAAUCUCUGCUGCAAUUUUCCCUUUACUUUGAGAAGUAGGAAGAUGGAAGCUUAUGAGUUUAUUGAUAAUCUUUGUAUUCACUCUGUUUCUGUCCAAUUUCAUUUUUUGGAAAAAUUUAUGUUCAAUUUCUUGAUUGAUCA